UUUGCGAACAAGAAACCUGAACUAGCCAUUACUAAAGCUACCUCCAGCUCUAAAAUGUCAUGAUUCCAUUCUUUCAGAAAAUGCUAGGACGCAUUUGCAAUUCCAGUUACCCUCCAGCCUUGCUUGGCCUCCGUGAGGAUUAAACCCUGAUAUCCCAAAGCAUCCAUUGUAUGUAAAGAAUUAACUUCUCUCUUAUACUCCUAGAAUAGGAGUUAUGUACUCUCUCUGGCAGAAUGGAGAAGAUAGUCACUCCCAUCAUGUUCUGUGUUCUGUGGUCCAGAUGAGGAACCUGGGGUGAGAAUGACUUGCAAAGUCCUCUAAAGGUCAUCCAGCACAGAACACCCAAUGGGGUGCCACAGAUGAGCUACAGGGAUGCCAAGAUACCAAUCUGCUUGCCUUCAGUGGAGGCUGGAAGUCCCGCGGAGGCCCAGAAAGCCCAGGAGGAUUUAAUUUUCGAAAUGAUUACCAGGAACCAGCCCAAGAGAAAUGAUGAAAACAAAAGUACUGUGGCCCUUUGCGACUCGAGUUCUUCUCUCUGAAAAUACACUCUUCUUUUAGAGCAGAGGCCUCAAAGCUGCCCAGACGAGCAAAUAGCUUUUCCCAGUGAAAUAUUUUAUUUGAGGCAUGGAGGCUCAUUUGGGGGAAAUGCUGAGAUGCGGGAAACUUGCGUCGCCGUGGCGAGUAAGCACAGCUGAUUACGUUCCCCGCCCGCCUCCAGGAAAGGAUUCACAGGCACCCUUCUAUGAGGUAGUCCUCCACUGCGCUCUGUUGCCUUUAGAAAAGUGCAAAAUUCCUUUAAAUCCAGGCACUCUGGAAACUUCGCAAAGCUGAGACUGAUAAAUACUGCUCAGGCACAGGAUUGAAAGCAGAGUUUGAGCUGCUCCCCUAUCAAGCCGCAUCAGCAUCACCUGGGAGCUCUUGGGAGCGGCAAAGUCGGCCCGGCCCAGGAGACCCGGAUGUGAAACCCGGGGGGCGGGACUACCAAGUCCAUUGCAAGGAGCCCGCGAGGGAGUUUGGCGCGCGCUAAAUUGGUAGAAGCACUGGUUUGAGAAAAGCAUGGGACCCUGCCAUUAAUGGAGGGGAAAAGCGGGGAGACACCAGCAGAUUCCAUCCUGUAAGCUGGUAGGAAGCCUGAAGGCUUGAUGGGAUUCCAGUGUGAUAGGAGGCAAGAACAUGCCUCAGGCAAGCAGAGUGCUGGUGGCAUCCCGUAAUUUUGCAAAUGAUGCUACAUUUGAAAUUAAGAAAUGUGAUCUUCACCGGCUGGAAGAGGGCCCUCCUGUCACUACGGUGCUCACCAGGGAGGAUGGGCUCAAAUACUACAGGAUGAUGCAGACUGUUCGUCGAAUGGAGUUAAAAGCAGAUCAGCUAUAUAAACAGAAAAUUAUUCGUGGUUUCUGUCACUUGUGUGAUGGUCAGGAAGCUUGUUGUGUGGGCCUGGAGGCCGGCAUAAACCCCACAGACCAUCUGAUCACAGCAUAUCGGGCUCACGGCUUUACGUUUACUCGUGGGCUUUCUGUCCGAGCAAUUCUCACAGAGCUUACAGGACGAAGAGGAGGUUGUGCUAAAGGAAAAGGAGGAUCGAUGCAUAUGUACGCCAAGAACUUCUACGGGGGCAAUGGCAUCGUGGGAGCUCAGGUGCCCCUGGGAGCUGGGAUUGCUCUGGCCUGUAAGUAUAACGGAAAAGAUGAAAUCUGUUUGACUUUGUAUGGUGAUGGCGCUGCUAAUCAGGGUCAGAUAUUCGAAGCUUACAAUAUGGCGGCUUUGUGGAAAUUGCCUUGUAUUUUCAUCUGUGAGAAUAACCGCUAUGGGAUGGGAACAUCUGUGGAGAGAGCAGCAGCCAGCACUGAUUACUACAAGAGAGGCGACUUCAUUCCUGGGCUGAGGGUAGAUGGAAUGGAUAUCCUGUGUGUCCGGGAGGCCACAAGGUUUGCAGCUGCCUAUUGUAGAGCUGGAAAGGGGCCCAUACUGAUGGAGCUGCAGACUUACCGUUACCAUGGGCACAGCAUGAGUGAUCCUGGAGUCAGUUACCGUACACGAGAAGAAAUUCAGGAAGUUAGAAGUAAGAGUGACCCUAUCAUGCUUCUCAAGGAUAGGAUGGUGAACAGCAAUCUGGCCAGUGUUGAAGAACUAAAGGAAAUUGAUGUUGACGUGAGAAAAGAAAUUGAGGAUGCUGCCCAGUUUGCUACAGCUGACCCUGAACCACCUUUGGAAGAACUCGGCUAUCACAUCUACUGCAGCGAUCCGCCUUUUGAAGUCCGGGGUGCAAACCAGUGGAUCAAGUUUAAGUCCAUCAGUUAAUGCGAGAUGGUACACCUUCAGUUGGGUAUUCAGCAGCAACUGUAAGGAAUGCUUUGGGUUCUCAACUUUGUUAAAGAGGAAAAAACCCAUAGAAAGAAAGUGUAGAUUUAGAUAGAUAGAUAGAUAGAUAGAUAGUGUAAUUGCAUGUGGUUUGUACAGUGUUGCAUUAAAAGAUACAACGUCUUUUAAUGUUAUAUCUUAAGGAUAGUAUGGAUCUUAUUAUAAAGGUUAUUUUAGUUAUAUAGGUCUAAAAUAGGUAAUAAGAGUUUGCUUAACCCUCCUUCAAAUUACUUCUUUAAAAUAGUUCUAUUUGGUUUAGUUGUAUACUCGUUUAACAAAUACUUUUUUAGUUACUAAAAGGAGAAACAGUUCCUUAUAUGCCUGUCCAACUCUGCCACCUUUUUGCGGGGCGAUCAUUGUCCUGUCCCUCCCAGUGCCCAGCAGCUUACCUGGUGUACCCUAAUGUGCACACACGCCCCCAUUUGUGUGCAUGUCGGUGCUGAAGCCUGUUCACACUGAACCAUCAUUUCUCCUUAAUAAAACACAAUAUUUAUUAUAACCAGGCAGGGGUGGAAGGACAAUUCGAUUUUUAAAUAAGACUACUUCAUUUUAAAGGCCAAAUAAGUUAGUUUUCUCCAUUUAUACACUAAGUAUAAAUAUGAAGCUAUUUUCUUAAUAGUUUUCUGUUUACAGUCAUAUCAAACAUUAAAUACAAGGCAUAUUCUUAUCAAUUUUAAGUGCAAUUCCAGUUAAUAGUAAUGUAUGGAAUGUGUGAUCUAAAACAGUGAUUCCCAGCCUUUUUGUUAUUUUAAACACCUGUUGUUUCACCUUUCCAGCAGAUAUUUUUCCAUUGAAGUAAAUUAAAAUUCAUUUUUAAGGAUUCCCUAAUACUCUGGGAUGUCAAGACCAGGUUUUACAAUCACUGUUUUCACAAUACGUACAAGUUCUACUCACCUUGAAAACAUGUUGAUAAAUAAAAGGUUAAAAUUUUUUCCAUAA